CCGUGGCGCCGCCUCCGCCCUCGCCGUUCCCGUCCUGCCAGCUCAGCCAGCGCCUUCCUCCCUUAUUCCCUCGCAGCCAUGAUUGUGGACAGUAGCCGCGACCCGGACAGCGACUUCGGCUCCUCUUCCUCCUCUUCUUCCUUUUCCUCCUCCUCCUCCUCCCUGGGCAGCCCCUUCAACUUGGCCUUCUUCUACGGCGCCUCGCCCAACUCCAGCGAGGGCAGCUGCUCGCCCACCCACUCCUCCCCGGGCUCCCCGCCGGGCUCCGACGCCGAGCUUUCCGGCCACGGCUGCCAUGGCGACGGGAGGCAAGGGCUUGCUGGACGGAGCGGUGCGCGCGCAGCCGGAGAAGCAGUUAAACAACAUAUGGGGGGAGGAAAGCAACAGAGAGGACCUUUCCAAGGUGUUCGUGUGAAAAACUCUGUGAAGGAACUGUUGCUGCAUCUUAGAAACAGCAAACAGAUGUCCUCUGAUCAUGGUGCUGGUGAAUUAAAGGCACAAGGAGGAUUAGUACAUUAUGAUCCUUACACAGAGCUGAAGAACAUAAUAACCCGCAGCCGGAAGCGAAAAAACCAUGAAUCUUUUCCUGAUGCACCUAGUUAUAAAAGAUCAGCGACUUUCCAACCUCACCUCUUGACACCUCCACAGACACCAACAUCGAUUGAAAGCAAUAUGGAGGAUGCCCAUAUGAAUGAGCCCAAACAAGAUGGCAGCUGUGACAUGCUGCAGAACAUUAUCAAUAUUAAAAAUGAAUCCAGUCCAAUUUCCCUGAACACAGUACAAGUUAGUUGGCUUCACGGUGCUGCGAAUCCCAACUCUCCAGGAGAACAAUAUCAAGAGAUGGCUGGAACACAAGCCUUUUCACCACCUCAGAAGUACCAAACAUUUCAAACAAGCAGUCCACCACAAAUGUUGGAAUUGCCCCAGAAUUAUCAGUUUUCACCCCCACAGACCCAGGAACUGUCACAGCACUACGGCCAGAAUCCACUCCUGGAAUACAGACCACAGUCUGCAAGCAGCCAGUCUUCUGACUAUCAACAAAGUCUUUAUGAAAGCCAAGAGCUGUCAUAUGGCACUACUUCGAGCUUUGCUUCUCUCUUAAAUGACUCAGAAGAUCUCGAUGCCAUCUCCAGUUCGCUCUCUCAAGCCCUGUCUGGUGGCCACCAGCAAACUGGUAUGAGCAGCCACUCUCAGGCUUAUAACCAGUUUAGCAGUGAUAUGUGCAGUGGUCUUGAAGAGCAUGGCUUACCGAUGGCUGCUUCGAAUAUGCCUCUGCAACACCAGGACAUUACUGGAAACACAGCACAGCUAGGCAAGUCAUUCUUCCAGUGGCAAGUGGAACAGGAGGAAAACAAAUUGGCGAACCUUUCUCAAGAUCAAAUCCUUGCCAAAGAUUCUGACGGUGACACGUUUCUUCAUAUUGCAGUUGCCCAGGGACGCCGGGCAGUAUCCUAUGUCUUGGCGAGAAAGAUGGCAGCUCUCCGCAUGCUGGAUAUUAAAGAGCACAAUGGCCAGAGUGCCCUGCAAGUGGCUGUGGCAGCAAACCAGCAUCUUAUUGUACAGGAUUUGGUUAGCCUUGGGGCCCAAGUGAAUACUACAGAUUGUUGGGGCAGGACACCAUUGCACGUGUGUGCUGAAAAAGGCCAUGCACAAGUCCUUCAGGCAAUCCAGAAAGGAGCUAUUGUAAGCAAUCAGUAUGUAGACUUGGAGGCAACUAAUUAUGAUGGUUUGACAUCAUUGCACUGUGCAGUCGUAGCCCACAAUUCUGUGGCGCAUGAUCUACAAGGCCAGCAUUCACCUCAUUCUCCUGAGGUGCAGGAACUGAGGUUGAAAAGCAAGAGGUUGGCAGACACCAUUAAAUUUCUAAUCCAGAUUGGGGCAUCUGUGGAAGCUAGGGAUCGUAAAAGUGGCCGUUCAGCCCUACACUUGGCAGCCGAAGAAGCAAAUGUUGAACUCAUUCGCCUGUUUUUGGAGCUGCCCUCUUGCCUCUCUUUUAUCAAUGCCAAGGCUUACAAUGGCAAUACAGCACUCCAUGUAGCUGCUAGUUUGCAGCACCGGGUGACUCAGUUGGAUGCAGUCCGUUUGUUGAUGCGUAAAGGAGCAGAUCCGAGUGCCAGGAACUUGGAAAAUGAGCAGCCUGUUCACCUUGUUCCUGAUGGACCAGUGGGAGUUGAGAUCAGACGGAUUUUGAAAGGGAAGACCACCCAGCACCGAUCAUCCCUCUGUUAAGCUCCAUGAGUACCAAUGACCUACACUCGCUGUCAGUUAGGCAGCCCUAAUGUAACUGUAAAUAGACCAUUUGUCCAAUUGAGGCAAAUGUUAGUUGUUUCUAUGAAACAAGAAUAUUUUGUUCACUAUUAUAUAGUGGGUUAAUGGAAAUUCUUCUGAGCAGAUGGGAAUGCUUUAUACCCAGGUAUUCUGUCUCAGUCUGAAUAACUGACUUAGGCGACAAUCUUGGCCAUAUUUAUAUGGGAAGAAGUCACAUUCAAUAGUGACGAUUUCUGAGUAGACUUGUAUAGGACUGCAUGUUACUGACUUCCAACGGUAGCAUGAUAAGUAUUAAGCAUGAACAAACAUUAUCUUUUAAAGGGAAACUUAGAACAUCUUAAUGCUUUUUGGGAUAUGGAUACGUUAGAAUAUGUGUCUAGCAUGACUUUUUAUCAUAAUAUUAAUGUAAGUAGUUACUUUGUGAUUUUUAAUGUUAAUUUUCUGAAGUUUGAUAAAGCACCUAUUUUAAUUUCACAAUUCUAUAUAGAGUGCAAUUACAUAUUAUAAGCUUUUAAUGAUAUUUAUGUGUUUGUAUUGAAGGAGUUGUUUUUUUGUGGGGGAUGCUUAGCAGACUGGGAGAAGAAGGGAAUAUAUUCCAUCUGUGCAGUUUUCAUCAGCCAUAGUAGCAGUUCAUUAAAAGUAACUUUAAGAAUAAUUUUGGAUGUGUGUUUUAUUCCUAUUACAAAUUGUCAGGUCAAGCUCUGUAUAUUAUAGUAAUGUAGUCCUUCUUAAAGGUAUCCCUACAUGUGGUUUAGAAAUCCCAAUUUAGUUGAAUUUUUUUAAAUACCUGGGUGAAGCAGUCUUAACCACCAAUGCAGCUUGUUGAAGGAUGUUAAGAUCAGGGAGAACCUUCUCCUAUGGCCCUGGAGAGUUCUACGGGUUUGAGUAUAAUGCUGUCAAGGAGACAUUCUAGGGCAGUUAGGAUUUAGGAUUGCAUUUUUUGACCUAUCGAUAGUCCCAACUAGAGAAGAUUCAUUGUUUCAGUGAUAAAUUUGAUUAGUCUGAACUUCUGCACAUUCCACUGACUGCACAUUGAGAAGUUGAGCAUGGCUUCUAGCAUAUCUGGCAGCUGAAUUUGCAGAUGGCAUGAGGUUUUUCAGGGAGGUGAAAUGGAUCUCUCUAAAACGUGUCUAAUAAAAAGUUGCUAGGUACAAAAUGGACUUUUGUUUCGAAGCAAUAAGAUUCUCUUCUUACAUUCUUUAUGCUGAAUUUGAUUCUUUGUUCUUAAAUUGAGAAAUGUGCUUCUCAGGGCUCUGCAUAUAUUUAGUUCUGUUGUAGUGUUUUACCUUAUAGGUAUAGUAGGUAUUAAAAUAUUAAUGUUUUAAGAAUGAGGUGGGUUUCUUCCCCUCUCCAAUUUUGUAUUGCUAUUUUUAAUGACUGUUAAUAAAACUUCUGCAAGAAUGUCCUGUAGCAAUUGCUCUCAAAAUGGUAUGGUUUGAUUUUAAAUUUAGUUCCAUUGUAUGCUUGCUGUUUCUUGAGUGACUAUUAUUAUAUAUUUUUUUCCAUUGUAAAUCUGAUCAUAUUGUUUGACCAAGUAUGUCUUGUAGACAAAUUACUGGAGAAAUUGUCCCUCCGCAUAUUAAAGCAGUUCUUAAUCCUUCCAAUAGCAGAUGCAAUAAAUUUGUUUUAAUCAUUAA